GCACGUCUCGCUGUCAGGGUGAAGAUCUCCGUUUCUGGCCCCCUGCCCUUGUGUGCAGCUUCCCUGCAGCACCCCGGGUGUUCAGUGCUCUCGUCCAGGUUGGGCUCUGACCCGCUCGCACUGCCAUGCAGGUCAUGCUGGUGCUAGUCGCGGCCCUGCUCGGGCUCCUCGGCCUCGCGGAGGGGCAGACGUUUCACAUGGGGCAGUGCCCCAACCCGCCGGUCCAGGAGGACUUCGACCCGAUCAAGUAUCUCGGGAAAUGGUACGAGAUCGAGAAGCUGCCCUCCGGCUUCGAGCAGGAGCGGUGCGUCCAGGCGAAUUACUCCCUGAAGGACAACGGGAAGAUCAAAGUGCUGACCAAAAUGGUGCAAUCCGACGGCACGAUCAAACACAUGGAGGCAGAGGCUGUCCCUGUCAACAAAGAUGAGCCGGCCAAGCUGAGCGUCAGCUACAGUUGGUUCAUGCCAGCUAGCCCCUACUGGGUAGUUGCCACCGACUACGAGAACUACGCGCUGGUGUACUCCUGCACCUCGUUCUUCUGGCUCUUCCACGUCGAUUAUGCCUGGAUCAGGUCCAGAACUCCCCAGCUGCACCCGGAAACUGUGGAGCACCUGAAGAGUGUUCUCCGUUCCUACCGGAUCCAAACAGGGAUGAUGCUUCCCACGGAUCAGAUGAACUGCCCUUCUGACAUGUAGAGCAAGCCUGAGCCCACCCCUAGCUGCGUUGCUUGCCCUGGUGUCAGUGAAACCUUCCUUACCGUGAAUAACAAACCCUUUGCCCCUGGUCGCCUGCACAGCACGUGCGGCAGGAGCUGAGCAUUGCUGUUCUCCCAUGCUCUCUCCAGCCCCGCCAUUUCCGCGCCCCUUCCCCCCAAGUUAAAUGCAUUUUGGCUCACAGCUAACAUCUUGGUGACAAAGAGGACUCUGGGAGCACAGAUCCUGCCACCCUGCUGUUGCAGAGAGCUCUCCAGCACUGACGCAGGAGGGUGGGCAUCGGGGCGUUCAAGGAUCUUGCUCCCUGGGGACAACUUUUCUCAUGGCACCCAGCAGGUUGGUUUUUCUGUCUCCAUGUCUGCUUGGCCUGUUCUGAAUACACUGCUUGAUUAGCUCGUC